CCGUGCCCCUCAUUUGAUCUCUUUUGUUUCUCUUUCUUCAUCCAACGAUUCCGAUCUGUAUAUGCCACCAUGUCUACUCACCACAAACACUCGGGCUCCAUCUCCCAGAAUGCAAAGGCACAGCUCGCCAACGCAUACAACGAACUUGGCAAGGAGCUGUCCUCAAACAAGAUUAGGGUCGUAGGCAACUACACGCUCGGAAAGGUCAUCGGCGAGGGCGCGUACGGCAAGGUGCGCAUGGGCACCCACCGCCUCACGUCCACCCGCGUCGCCAUCAAGCAGAUCCCCAAGGCCAUGUCCGCCUCCCUCACCCGCGAGAUCCACCACCACCGCACGCUGCACCACCCGCACAUCACCCAGAUGUUCGAGGUCAUCGCGACCGAGCACGCCAUCUGGAUCGUCACCGAGCUCUGCCUCGGCGGCGAGCUCUUCGACUACCUCGCCGAGAAGGGCCGCCUCGCGGAGGACGAGAGCAAGAUCCUCUUUGGCCAGCUGUGCCUCGCCGUUGCGUACCUGCACGACAAGGGCAUCGUGCAUCGCGACCUCAAGCUCGAGAACGUGCUGCUGGACGAGCGGUGUAGAGUCAAGCUCGGCGAUUUUGGGUUCACGCGCGAGUAUGAGCGGGGGGCGUUUAUGGAGACGUUUUGCGGCACGACGGGGUAUGCUGCGCCGGAGAUGCUGCAGGGCAAGAAGUAUCUCGGUCCCGAGGUCGACAUAUGGUCGAUGGGCGUUAUUCUCUAUACGCUCCUCACGGGCACACUCCCGUUUGAUGACGACGACGAAGCUAUCAUGAGAGAUAAGGUUAUCGAGGGCAAGUUCGAGGACCCAGAGUGGCUGUCUGACGACGCCCGCGAGCUUAUCCGCAACGUCCUCGAGAAGGACCCAUCCAAGAGACUGACUAUCCCGCAAAUCCUCGCAUCCCCCUGGUUCACCUCCCGUUCGAGCACGAGCGAUGCCACGCCCGCUUCCCCAACACUCUCACAUACAGUGCCAGAACCACCCUCUCCUUCCCCCGUCCGCGUCACCUCCCCCAUUUCGUCCCCUAUAACCCUACCACCGCCCGAUGCAGCCGAAGUUUCCGCCUCAUCCGCUACCUCCUCUGGCUCUGCCACGACCUUCCUCUCCGCCACCUCCAACCUCUCGCCCUCUGCACCCACCACGCCCGAUGACACGCCGAACAACCCAUUCGAGACUCCCAACAAAGACAAAGCGAUACACACCCACCAGAACGGGAGCCAGAGCACGAUUACAAAGAAGGCGGCGAAGCGGCAGUCUAAAGAUAGCGCGCUGUGGCACCAGCACGAGACCGUCGUCGAAGAGGAGGUCGGCGCCGACGGAACGGCGUCCCGGACCGCGGCCGGUAUGGAGUUCACGACGUCGAAUUCGUCGAGCACACCCGGCGGUGGCGGCGGCGGUGGCGGUGGGUCAAAGGCCCCGCCGCACCCGACGCGCACGCCGGCGCGGACGAAGCGCCGCUCGGUGUCGUCCAUGCUGAGCGACGCGGACCCGGCGAGCCCGAACCAGGAGCAGACGUUCGCCGCGGGGGCGUCGGCGGCCGCUGCUGCGGGGGUGACGCCGGGCGAGGGUGCGGGGGCGGCGCCGCAGGAUUUUGCGGGGCUGCUGAGUACGCCUGCGCCGAUUAUUUUUACGACGCCGUUUGAGCGGGAGUUGUUGAACUCGAUGAGUGUGUUGGGGCUGGAUACGGCGCAGAUUGUGCAUUCGGUGCUUACGGAUGCGUGUGAUUGUGCGGGGGCGCUGUGGUGGAUGUUGAAGCGCAAGGCGGAGAAGAGGGCGUUGGAUGGUGGGUCUGCUGGUGCUGCUGCGAAGGAGGGGGUGGCGGAGGUGGGGAACGCUGGACGCAAGAACAAGGACAAGGACAAGGAGAAAGUGAAAGAUAAGGAGAAGGAGAAGGAAAAGGACGGGGAAGCUUCUAGCGAGCGGCCGACGAGCUCGAGGAGGCGGAUGAAGCGCGGGGUCGGGGUGCAGACAGACAAUGACAAGGACAAAGACAAUAGGGAGGGGGUAUCGUCCCCACCGCCGCUCACGCUGUCCAAGUCGGCUCCGGAUUUCACGGUGGUGCCGCCGACGCCUACUAUAAGCGCCAGCGCCAGCGCGAACCCGACCUCCAGCGGGGCGAACGCGAGCGGGUCGAGUGCGAAUGCAAGCGGGAGCAGUCGCGCAUUGACGCCGAAUCAGUCGUCGACGCCGAGCGGGAGCAUUAUCAGCACCAAGGAGAAGGAGAAGGAGAACCAGGGCUCGAGGGGGAAGCGCGCAGGGCGCUCGGGGAGCGUGAGCAUUAUGCAGCGCGCGACGACUGCGCUGGAGGCUGCGGGGCUGGUGAGGAAGAAGUCGAACGAGGGUGUGCGGGAGGAGCGAGAGAGGGAGCGCGAGAGGGAGAAGGAGAGGGAGAAGGAGCGCAAGGAGAAAGAGAAGGAGAAGGAGAAGGUGGACAAGGAGGCUGGUCCUGGAAUACCGGAGAAGAAGGCGUCGGGCGACGAUGCGAGGACGUCGCAUGGGAGCCAGUCGUCCAAGCUGACGAAGUCGCCGCCGCUGCGCGCAAAGGACGCGGCAGGCGCGGAACGAAGGCCGGUGACGCCGACGCAUCUGGAGCUGCAGCAUCCGCGGCCGUUGGCUGGGUCGCCGUGGGUCGUUACGGGCAGGACGUCGCCGCACUCGAAUGCGCCCAGCCCGGGGGGUUCGCCUGGCGACACUUUGACGUCGCUGCCGAACUUCUCGGAGGAGAGCACCAUGGGCAAGGCCAGCGGUAACGGCGGUCCACCGAGGAACCGGCAGAGUAUCUUGUCGGCGUUCCGGUUCUGGUUCAACGAGGACAGGAAGGGCAAGCGGAAGGAGCAGGCGCUGUCGCCGCAGGGCGGGCGGCACGGUGGGCUAACGUACAGUCGUUCUCUUGGAGCGCCCUCGGCGUCGAACACGGUCACUCCCAACAAGGGGUCGGUGAACCGCCGCCCGAGUGGCACCACGCGCGGACGGCGCGUCAAGCGGCACUCGACGUCGUCACGGCGGUCGAGCAGCGUCAACUCGCGGCGAUCGUCGGGCACGUCGGCGCAGGUUCUCGUUCUGGAGCAUCCGCCAAGCAGCUCGAGCAAGGCAUACGGUGCGCAGACGCCUGUGUCGGAGCGGGGAGACUACCCGUCGCGCCCGUCGUCGGUGCAUAGCAUUCCGGUGGGUCUCCACCAUAAGUCGUUGUCCGGCGGAUCGAGUGGCUCAAAUCAGCUACAACGCGCGUCUUCGCCAAAUUCGGCUACACAGAAUAACGCGUACAACAACCAUAGGCGCGGCGGCUCGUCGUCGUCUACGCGCGUCGUGAGGCAGUAUCAGACGUCCAACUCCACCUCAUCUGCCUCUGCUGCCGGGGGCGGCCCGUCGUCCAACCAGAGGCCGAUCCACCACCGCUCGAACUCGGCGACGUCGUCGGUGCACUCGCUCGCUUCGUCGAGACCGACGUCGUUCUACGAGCCGUCGGACACGGAACGCACGGGCUCGCCCUUCCGCUCCGCAUCGCACUCGCGCCGCUCGCUCGACGACAGCGGGAGCAUCAACACGCCCGGGCGGCGCGGUACCACGACGACGUUCGUCGCGCAGAAGCGGCUGACGCCGUUCAUGAGCCCGCUCGCGAGCGGCCACGGCUCGCUCGGGCGCACGAGCUGGAAGAAGUCGUGGGGCCACGAGCCGCCCGGGUGGAAGUCGCGCUCGACGCAUCUCCCCAUCGAGGUGCUCGCGAUCUCGCCGCUGCCUGAGGUGCAAGGGCCGGCGAGUAUCCGGGAUGUGUUUACGGGGCCUGGGCGCCAGAGGAGUCUGAGUGUGGGUGCGAUGGGCGACGAGAGCGAUUGGGUGGACGAGGACGAUGAUGUUCCCGAGUUUGCGGGCGGGUUGGGGCAGAUGCCGAUUUCGUCGGCGAGUGGCGGGGCUGGGGCCGGUAUGGGGCUGGUGGGGCUGGGAGGAGGGAGUGUGCCGACGGUAAUGGAGUCGACGCCACUAGUGUCGCCCCCGCCAAGGACGUACAGCAAGCGGAAUGCGUCGGAGGGCAAGCAGAGGAACAGUUCGGGGGGCUUUGGGUCUAGUGGUGGUAGGGCCGGGGGCCACGGUGGGAGACAGAAGGGCGGGCCCGCAGCUAUCGGGCGGUCCUCACCGGUUGCGCCGGAGACGACGUUUGAGUCGAUCGAUACGCGGGGUGCGAGGAGGCAGUUGCCUGGAGCGAGGUCGGGUCCGGCGGCGAUUCAAGAGGAGGACGAGGGGGAGGAGGAGUAGACGCGCGUGAAUUUUUUUCGCCAUCCGCCACCCACCGAGCAUGGACGCUAACGCUCAUCCUGGUCGCUGAUCACAGGCAAACCGAGAGACCGAGAUAACCUCCGUCUGCGCGUCAUCGUCUCCCUUCAUCAACAUCAUACUAUACAGACCACGGACAAGUGACCCUGGUUGGAGAUCUUCUCGUCGCUUUGGUAUAUGCACGCCUUUUCGCUCGUAACUUUAAGUUUUGGGUUUUGAUUCUUUCUUCCAUUAUUAUCUCGUCCCUCACCGGCUCACCGUCGCCAUCUCUUCCUCACACAUGAUUGCAUAGCCAAGCUGCUCGCUGAUACCCUCGACCCUCGCACACACACACGCACACACUCUAUCUAUAUCCCUGCCUUACUUCUUGAUAUAGUAAACUCCAUCGCUACUCCUACUCGCACUAGCAUGCGAACCCAUCCCUGUUAUCGUCAUUUUCAUCGUGUUUCUCCUCGCUUUGGUUCGCGUCCGUUCUCGCCACGUUAUUUAGAUCGUUAGGUUAGGUUGAGUGGCGGACUCGUCGCAUAUUUUGCACUACGUAUGUUGGUUGAUACGACACGUAGAUAGGUACAGACAGGUACUGCCCAAGGUAGAUGGUGGCGUAGGAAUUCUUGGACAGGCACAACAACGAACAAUGAAA